CAUUGGGUGGGGGAAAACAAAUCACAAUAGAUCGCAGGCCAGCGAUUAUCUGAGCGUCGUAAACAAAGAGCUGUCGCUGGAAGCCCAUUGAUAAGGCGGAUCUUUGGACACUCAUACAGUACCGUUGAAAAAACCAAAAACUGCCUGGUCGUAUCUGUUAAGUUGGUGUUGGUUUGUGAGUCAGAGCCGAACAUGAGCAGGAAUAUAUAAUACAUUUUGGAUUAUACAAGUUGAAGGAGCAGAAACAAAAUUUUACAAAAUUCAAUAAAAAUGGCUGCUAGAGGGUUAUCCCAAAAUGGAGAGCACCAUUCGCAUGAUUCUCCGCUGGCGGCAAGAGUGAUCCGCCUGGACGUUGCGGGGGAGCUACCCCCAAACCCACGGCUGCGGAGCACUCUCAAAUAUGACACCGUGUGCUUCAACGCAGCCAUUUCGUUGGCUUUGUUUGCCGCAUUCACCAUGUUGGGGGUGGCCAUGUUUUUUCUUACGCCCUUAAAAGACUUACAGGCCACUCCCGAGGAGCUCUUUGCCCGGAAGCACCACAGCAUGGUGGCAAAGGAGCAACGGAUGCAAGUGGGGGGCAAGCUGAACCUGAGUCCCCUCGAAGAGAUGGCCAAUGCCCGGCUAGUCAAGCAGGCGGACAUGGAGGUGCAACGCUUGUGGGUGAACUACUCUUCGAACACGCCGCAGUUCCUCAAAGACCACAAGAUCAGUGAGACGGAUCUGUAUGGUAUGCUCAAGAGCAUGCCAAAGGGCGGACUGCUCCACAUCCAUGAUGCCGGCAUGAUGAAGCUUGAAAUUCUCAUCGAGCUCACGUACCGCGACGACCUGUGGGUCUGUGUCGGCAUGGACCACGUGUUCGAGAACUUUCGGUUCUCCAACGUCUUUCCCCACAUUCGUCCGUCUUCGGACGACUACAAAUGCAUCUGGAUGCUGAUGAGCAACUACCACACGUUCGAGUGGCGAGACCGCUACGAGGAGAUGCUCAAGGACGGUCUCUCGCUCCGGGAGGGUGGCUACAAGAACUCUGCAGAGCUGGCCUGCCACAUGCGCCGGAGCCAUCGCCUCAUCCAUGGCCUGGUCACGUACCAGCCCCUCUGGUCGAGCUUCCUGUUCCGAAUGCUCGAGGAUUUCUAUAGUGAUGGCGUCCACUAUGUGGAGCUGCGCUCUUCCCUGCCACUUUUGUACGAUCUGAAGGGCACUAACUUCACCAUUCUGGACACAGUCAGUUCGAUCGUUACCAUAUCGAAAAUGUUCAAGUCCACCUACCCCGACUUCAUUGGCAUCAAGAUAAUAUAUACGCCGGCCAGGGACUUGAAUGAUAGCCGCAUGGAUCAGUAUGUGGAAAAUGCCCGCCUACUGAAGACCCACUUUCCCGAUCUAUUUGCGGGCCUCGAUCUGAACACGUUCGGCGACGAGUGCACGAUGCCAGGACUGGGCGAGGCCACACAGCUCCUGCAUAUUGGCGAGGAGAUCGACUUCUACUUCCAGGCAGGCGAGUCCCGCUGCCCGGACAUGACCAAACCACAUGCGAAUCUCAUCGACGCAGUGCUUCUGGGCAGCAAGAGGAUCGGGCAUGCCCUCAACAUCCCCCAACAUCCAGAACUCUUGCGGACCAUGCGCCACAUGCAGGUGGCCGUAGAGUUGUGUCCGCUCUCUAACCACUAUAUGCAGUAUAUUCAAGAUUUCCGCGAGCAUCCGGCAGCGUAUUUGCUAGCUGCAGGCUACCCCAUCGUUAUGGGCUCCGAUUAUCCCCAUUUCUGGGACGCAGCCCCCCUCACCGACGACUUCUACGUGGCCUUUGUGGGCAUUGUCAGUGGGCGCGGUAAUAUUCGCCUGCUCAAGCAGUUGGCCCUGAACUCCUUCCUGUACAGCUCCCUAAGCUGCACGGAGCGGACGUCGGCCAUAAACCAGUGGAGCUGCAGCUGGAACAGGUGGAUCAAAGAGUUUGUGAACCAGACCAACAUCGCGCCAAUCGAAGAUACUUCGUAAUACUCUGACACUUGACAUGUCGUGUACUUUUGACUAGGGUUUUGGCUAGAUGAAUUAAAUUUGCUGAGUAAUUUUCCGGA